CGUAGAGUCGACACAAAAGUUCCAUUUUCUUCUCUCUCUCUCUCUCUCUCUCUCUGUCCGUAAUUUGUUUGGAUAGAACAAUGCCUGCAACAUGCCUCUUCCUCCACGCUCCAACACCUUCGACUCUCCCAACCAGAAUUUCAUCAUACCGAACGAAGUCUAAUCUUCUUGCUGGCUCUACCGCUCCGAGGAAGUUGUUCGUCCGUUGCAAGGCUUCUACCUCGUCUUCUUCGAUCACGGACUUCGACCUGUAUGAGCUCCUCGGGCUCGACAGCUCCUCCACCCAGUCCCAGAUAAAGCUGGCCUACCGCUCUCUCCAGAAGAGGUGCCACCCCGACAUCGCUGGGCCUACGGGCCACGACAUGUCCAUCAUCCUCAACGAGGCUUAUGCACUCCUAUCGGAUCCGAACUCUCGCUUGGCUUAUGACAAGGAGCUAGCAAAGUUGUCUGAACUACGAGGAUACACGGGAAGGCCUCUUUAUUCGGUGUGGCUCGGCUCGGAGAGCGAGCAGAGGGCAGUUUUCGUGGAUGAAGUCAAGUGCGUGGGCUGCUUGAAGUGCGCCUUGUUUGCUGGGAAGACCUUUGCUAUUGAGUCGGUUUAUGGAAGAGCACGCGUCGUCGCACAGUGGGCAGAUCCCGAGCAUAAGAUCCAAGAAGCCAUCGGCUCAUGUCCAGUGGACUGCAUUUCUCUUGUGGAGAGAUCGGACCUCGCUGCUCUCGAAUUUCUGAUGUCUAAGCAACUGCGAGGCAAUGUCAGAGUUGGUACAAGUAAUGCAGUUGGUUCGCGUGUCUCAAACAUAUUUGUCGAGGUGAAGAAAUUCCAAAGCCGAGUUAAGGACGUGGCGGAGAAAUCUGCUACGCAAAACACCGAGACGGACCUCCAAAGGGAAGCAAGGUUCUCAGCCAUUCAUGCGAUCCGGUCGCUCUCAAACUGGCUACAGUGGCGAGCACCCACCAGCAGUGGACCCCAAGAGCUCACGCGAUCAACCAGAAAACUUGACGAUCCAAACAUCAGAAAACUCCGUGAUGCUGCAGCUGCAAGGAAAAAGGUCCAUCAGAUCAAAUCUAAUCACUCAUUCCACGACGAGUACUGGAUCCCUUCGAAUCAUGCACUUCCACCGGCCACCAAGGAGAUACCUACCCCGAAAGCCACCUCAAGACUUUCAAACACCAAGGAACGAGAGAAAGGGCGCAACGAUGCAGACUACAGCCCGGGAAAGGUCAGUCCGAUAAGAUUGGCAAUCCCGUUCUGUACAUCCGCCAUUGCUGUGGCUAUAGUGAAGUUAUACAGUGGAGGGGGGAAAAUAGGUAGACUCGAAGAUCAUAUCGGGGGAUCAUUGGCACUGGAGAUCGUGAACAGUUCAUGGUUGCAGGUGAUUUUGGCUGGGUUCACAUGGUUUCUUAUCGGGAUGGCGAUCGUGGAACUAAUUGCAGCUGUCGGCAAUGACAAGGAAUGAAGAUAGGGCAACUCAGUAUAGGCUGUACCACAAUUGAUAACAGUAGCUAUCAUAAACAUUCUAGGUCUCUCAUUCGUAAUUACCAUACAUUAUCUAUCAUAAACAUUCUAGGUCUCUCAUACGUAA